AGUGCGGGUCGAUGGUACUCGCCUCCUCUCGUCCCAAACAACUCAUACGAGAGAGGGGAGAUUUUUAUACAAAACCUUUCAGGUGGUAUAAUUUCCUGUCCUUUUACGGCAGUUUGUGGUCCAUAUUUGAUGUUGGCUUGUCGAUGUGCGCUGGUUCUCUGCGGCGAGUCUCUCCUAUUCUACGUCUUUGAUCCCAAACAACAAACACUGAACGUGACUUUUGGCGUGCACAGCGACUGAAUCUCGCGAAAAUAAGGCGACCGUUCAUGUGAACAUUCAUUUUCACAAACUUAAUUGUACUUUAACAUAUUUUGAAAUGGCUGCUGAGAAUGUUGAUUAGUUGGAUGUGAUACUGUCCUGCGUAAGUAGCAUGAAGUUUCUUGGUUCUUCUCCAGCCUGGUUCAGGCUUUAAUGCGCACCAGACCUCUCUCCUCGCCUUUUUUCAACCACUUUUUUGUGAUCAUCAGCCUUAUUACGUAAGACAAUGUUCUUUUGCGACUGUUUGUACUACAUAUAAAUCCCUGAAAAGAGGAAGAAGCGAGGAGCCAGCGGAGUUUUUUUUUCCCGCCUGAAUUCGUGCUGUGAAGCCGCAUCAUCUCCUAUGCCGUUUUAAGUGUCUUUACGGCAGGUUUUAAGAUUGUCCAAGAGAAACGUUGACAAAAGUAUAAGACAAGCAUAAAGAUGAAGAAGUUUCGGAAGGUUUUGGACGGGCUGACCACUUCUUCACCUGUCAAUCCAAGUGGAUCUCCUUCGUGUGGCAGUGCGGCCGGGACCCCCAGUGCGGCACCGACACCACGGGAGCUGGAAAUCCAGGAGACACUGAUGUCGGAGCACUUCCAUAUCUGUAAGACGGUGCGUCAUGGAUUUCCCUGUCAGCCCACAGCUCUGGCGUUUGACCCAGUGCAGAAGAUCCUUGCCAUCGGCUCUCGUUCCGGAGGUGUACGGCUUCUGGGACGGCCGGGAGUGGACUGUCAUUGCCAGCAUGAAAGCGGGGCGGCAGUUCUCCAACUUCAGUUUCUCAUCAAUGAGGGAGCGCUAGUCACAGCCUGUGCAGAUGAUACGCUGCACCUCUGGAACUUGCGACAGCGACGUCCAGCCAUCCUCCACUCUCUCAAAUUCAACAGAGAGCGGAUCACGUUUUGUCAUCUUCCGUUUCAAAGUAAAUGGCUUUACGUGGGGACGGAGCGUGGAAAUACGCACAUAGUGAACAUCGAAUCCUUCAUUUUGUCUGGAUAUGUUAUCAUGUGGAACAAGGCCAUAGAACUAUCAACAAAGACACAUCCAGGUCCAGUUGUUCAUCUGAGUGACAGUCCAAAAGAUGAAGGAAAGUUGCUGAUAGGCUUUGAGAGCGGCACAAUAGUCAUGUGGGAGCUGAGGGCAAAAAGAGCCGACUUCAGGAUAUACUAUGAUGAGGCCAUUCACUCAGUAAGCUGGCAUCAUGAUGGGAGACAGUUCAUGUGCAGUCAUUCUGAUGGCAGUCUGAGCAUGUGGAAUCUGAGAAACACUGCCAAGCCUUUUCAAGUCACCUUCCCUCAUGGCAAGACUCAGAGAGAUGGUAGAAAGGAGUCGUGUAAACCCAUUCUCAAGGUUGAGUACAAGACCUCCAGAAACAGUAGUGAAGCCUUUAUCAUCUUCUCUGGGGGUCUUUCUUAUGAUAAGGCAGGACGCAGACCCACCCUAACCAUCAUGCAUGGGAAAACCAUCACGGUGUUAGAGAUGGACUACCCAAUAGUGGAUUUCAUGGUGCUCUGUGAUACACCCUAUCUCAACGAGGUCCAGGAACCGUAUGCGGUGGCGGUUCUGCUGGAGAAAGAUUUUGUUGUGAUCGACCUAACUCAGAGCAAUUUUCCUAUUUUUGAGAACCCCUACCCCAUGGACAUCCACGAGUCUCCAGUCACAUGCACGGCUUACUUUGCUGACUGCCCCCCUGACAUCAUACCGAUACUUUACUCCAUAGGAGUCAAACACAAAAAGACUGGCUACAGCCACAAGGAGUGGCCAGUCAGCGGUGGCACAUGGACGGUCGGUUCGCAAACAUAUCCAGAGAUUAUCAUAACAGGACACGCAGACGGAUCGAUAAAGUUUUGGGAUGCCACAGCAAUCACACUGCAGAUGUUGUAUAAGCUCAAGACGUCAAAGGUGUUUGAGAAGCCCAAGAGUGGAGAGGUUGGGCGUAGUGCCGAGCUGGUGGAGGAUGACCCCUAUGCCAUUCAGAUGGUCAGCUGGUGCCCACAAAGCCGUAUCUUUUGUGUAGUGGGCAUCAGCGCCCACGUCAUUCUAUACCGCUUCAGCAAGCAUGACGCCAACACCACUAUCACUUCCCUAGAGGUGCGACUGCAGUGUGAAAUGGAGGAUGUCAUCUCUCCAUCCGAUACAGAGAAUACCCCAUAUUUGUCUGACACUUGUGGUCACUCGCCCCAGCCUCAGCCCCCUAGUCCCCGAAGCAACACGCCGGACAGUGUGCGGGACAACAUCUCUUGCCUCAAGGUUAAAGAUCGUAUGAUUCGAAUGCCUCCUGGAUACCAGGCGGAGCUUGUGGUUCAGUUACUGUGGAUUGAUGGAGAACCGCCACAACAAAUCACCAGCCUGGAUUUAAACUCCGCCUAUGGCCUGUUGGCUUUUGGUAAUUGCAAUGGUUUAGCAGUAGUGGACUACCUGCAGAAAACCGUUCUGCUGUGUAUGAGCACUCUUGACCUUUAUGGAUCUGCAGACCCUUUCCAACGGCUAACACGCUCUCCACGCAAGAAUCGGCAGUCCACAUCAGGCCUUACGGAGCUUUCUGAUAAUCAGGUGUCUUUGGACCUAGAGAGGAGCAAAUCACCCACCUCUGCACCCUAUACACCUUCCCUCCAUAAUGACCCUCGUGGCACAGGGGAGCCUGUGUCCAACCUCCGGUCCUGCCACUACAGUCCUGUCUUUUACCUGCUGGACAAUGAUCAUGUGAAUGGACAUUGCACUAACCCCACCUCCCAGCCCUGUCCGACUGGGAGGGCCAGAGUCCCUGGGGGCCCAGAAGGGCCACGCCUCGCCCGCAGAGGGCCCGGCCGACCGCCCUUCCGCAAGGCCCAGUCUGCCGCAUGCAUCGAGGUCUCUUUGCCUGUGUCCUCCCUCACCGAAGAGAGUCGAGAAAACUCGUUCAGCCAUUCUCGGAGCUCUAGCGUUUCCAGCAUAGACAGAGAGACUAAAGAGGCCAUAACUACCCUGCAUUUUGCGGAGUCGUACGGGCAUAAGUCAGACACCUUGCCCACACCCUGCCUGUGGGUGGGAACGAGCCUGGGCCUGGUGCUCAUCAUUCCAAUGUCCAUCCCUACAGACGAGGAGGAACGCCAGGAAGAAUCGAUUACUGUGGCCCCCACAGCCACAGUAUUAAUGUUGAAGGGCUCUGUUCUGCGGUUUUGCUUUCUGGACUGUGGGGGUACUCUGAUCCUAAAUCCAUAUGAGUUGUGGCGGGACCAGCAUGCUCCAGAGGACCCAGAUCGACCCCGCAAACGAAAGCUGGUCAACUUCUCGCCCUCCUCCUCUCAGGAGGCCAGUGGAGAUGGCCACUUAGCUGUGGUGUGUUCAGAGAGGCAGGCCAAGGUCUUCCUCAUGCCCUCCCAGGCAUGUCUGUACGUGCACAACAUCACAGAGUCGUCCUUUGUGCUACGUGCCGACGUGGUGUCGGUUUGUAACAGCGUUUGUCUGGCCUGUUUCUGCGCCAACGGACACAUCAUGACUCUGAGCCUUCCCAGUUUACGGCCACUGCUGGACGUCAGCUACCUGCCGCUAACGGACAUGCGCAUUGCCAGAACGUUCUGCUUUACCAACGGAGGUCAGGCGCUGUAUCUGUGUUCCCCUACAGAGAUACAAAGAAUCACUUACAGCCAGGAGAUGUGUGACAACCUACAGGAAAUGUUGGGGGAGCUCUUCAUACCCAUCGAAACUCCUGAGGCCCAGAACCGCGGCUUUCUCAAGGGCUUUUUUGGCGGUAAUGCCCAAACUUUCGACCGAGAGGAGCUGUUUGGUGAGGCAGCGGCAGGUAAGGCGUCCCGCAGCCUGGCCCAGCACAUCCCGGGACAGGGUGGUAUGGAGGGCAUGAAGGCGGCAGCAGGCGGAGUGGUGGGGGAACUGGCCCGAGCUCGCAUCGCCCUGGAUGAGAGAGGGCAGAGGCUGGGGGAGCUGGAGGAGAAGACGGCCCUCAUGAUGACCAGUGCCGAAACCUUCUCUAAACACGCUCACGAGCUGAUGCUGAAGUGCAAAGACAAGAAGUGGUAUCAGUUUUAGAGGGUUCUGGAUGUGGGCGCGUUUUGCUCUCCUGCCACAAGAGGGCGCUACUCUGGCACUUGGACUUUCACUCUUAAAAAGAGAGUGCAAGCGAGGUGGAUGGACAGAAAGGGACUUACAGGCUGGUCAGCCUCUCUUCUGUCUGUGUACAGGAUUGUCUUACUUUGAUUGGUUAGAAAGACACAGCCAGAUUACGACGCAAUGGACAUGUACCAAUAGUGUUUAAGAGUAAGAGGGGUUCUGUUCUCCCACAUUGUGAAUCAGACAACAUUUUUAUUUAUGUACAGUGGCUAAAUGGGGUCUCCUCACAAGAAGCAAAUUGGCUCAAGUUGUGUAGAUACUUUGAAAGUCACGAAAUCAACAAGAGUGCAUGAAACAAAAUGGAUGACCUAUAAUCAUGUAAAACUGCCAAUUAAAAAGCAGCAUGUUCCUUUAAAACAAAGGGAAAUAAAGAAUUAACAAACUGUUAUUUAAUAAGAUAAGCAGAUAAUAGAAACUAUGACAACAUUUUUUACAUAUUUUUAAAUAGCAAACAAA